AUGCGCACUGAUGCCGAGCUAACGCACGCAGGUCAGCUUAUCCGAGCCCACCCAGCGGAUUACCUCGGGUCAUGGCUCAUGGGUUGCUUGUUCUCCAUGCUGCUGCAAGGGGUUGUUCUCGCGCAAGCCAGCCACUACGUGGAGUGCUACCGCAAACACACGAGAACCAGCCACUGUUUCGUGAGCAUCGUCGCAUUGCUAAACACACUGAGGACCGUGCAGUCUAUUGCCAUCAUCUGGAACCAAAGUAUAACCGACUUUGGGGACUACGAUGCUGUCGCUCGCAGUCCAUGGUACCUGGAGACGCAGCCGCUCUUGACCGAGCUGAUCGGCUUCGUCGUGCAAACGUAUUUCGCCAUGAGAGUGGCCCGGAUGGUUCCACGCAGGAAAUGGCUUAUCCUCGUGCCGAUAUUGUUAUGCAUGCUCGUCGCUCUAGGCGGAGGUAUCGCUAUGACUGUAGUGAUAUUCACCAUGCACGGAGCUCCGGACAAAGUAACAGAGAACAAGAUCCCCGUGGUCAUCAACCUUAGCGGUACACUAGCCGCCGAUUCCAUCAUAACCGGUACAAUCGUCGUCGUGCUCUGGCGAUCGCAAACGGCAUUGGACGGGCACAACGUUAUCGACCGUCUGAUCGCGGUGACAUGGACGUCCGCCGCCCCGCCGUUUCUGUGUGCCCUGCUCAACCUCGUCCUUUACGUGUCCAUGUCGCAGCGGAGCGUCUGGUUUGUCUUCUUCAACUUGACGCUGUCGUACUUGUACUCCGUUUCGAUGAUGUACACCAUCAACUCGCGCCCGGAUUCGACGUCGCCCCGACCGAGCGUGCCCUCGUCGGGCCGGAAACCGCAGCCGGAAGCCAUCGCCCUGAGCACGCUGCGCCAACGCAGGAGCGACGCUCCCGAGCCCGGGCUACGUUAUUAUUCCGCGUUUUCCGAGCCGUCGAUGAACUCCAGUCAUCGCUCAAGGACGCCGGCCCACGAGUGCGCUGGACGUCUGCGAAAGUCCCCUGAUCUGAGCUCUGGCGUGAACGUGGUCGGUGAUCGCGAAAUGCAGAAACCGUCGGCGUUUUUCGAUAUUGGCGAGCUAAAUGGACGCGUUCGCGUUCGCGAACCAGCUAACGGUUCGGCUUUGCUAGGUAUACUCAAAUUAUACGAUCGUUUUAAUCCCGUCGGACGGUAG